CGUGGCAGGGUGGGUCGUCAGUGCUCCAGUGACAGUGCUUGGGUUUUUUUUUUUUUUUUUUUUUUUUUUUUACACCCAGGAAAGCUUAUGCCCAAAUCACUCUGUUAGUCUUUAAGGUGCCGCCGGACUCCUGGUUUUUGUGGCUACAGCCUGACACGGCCGCCCUGCUGCUACAGUAGUUUUUACUGCAGGAAAGGGACUUUCCAAACCCCUCAGCUAGGGAGAGAGAGUAGAAGGCUCAUGGGUGCAGCCAUCCAUCGCUGACCCUCCCCUCGGGCAGCGGCAGCAGCAGCACCGCCGCCAGGGAGCGGGGCGGCGGGGACCCCCGGCCGAGCGGGGGGCUUGGCGGCAGCCCUCUCCCGGGCCAGAAGCUCCGCGCUGGCGGCUGACAGGGUGGACGCCUGGUCCCGCUUUGCUAAAGCGUCGGCGCUCGGGCUGUGCAAUCACUAGUGGGAGCUGGAGAGGGCAAGCGGGGGAGAAAAAAAAAAAAAAAAAGAAAAGAAACAGGAACCCGGCAGCGCCUGAGAGAACCUGGCGGGGAGAAACGCCGCCGCCGCCAACCAGCGGCUGACCCAACUUUGUGGCGCGGAGGCGCAGCAGCGGCCGUGAGCGGCGUCUGCUCUCGGGCCCGCGGACCCAGCGGCAGAGGCGGGGGGCGGCCUGGCAGCCGGGUGGAGUUCACUUCUUUUGUUCCUGGGGGCUGAAUAGGAGAAAGGGACAUUUCAGGUUAACUUGAUAAAGGUCACCCAGCGAGGAAUGCUCUUGUUUUAUUUAAAGCACAAAAGUGACAAGAAGAUUUCUUGAACGCUGGGAAUUCUGCAGGUUUAAUCUCCUCUUGGCAAGUCCUAAUAGUCUUGCUCCAAGCUCUGACUAGGAGGAAACAGAAUUAAAACAAGAAGCUUGAAGCAGAAAGCUAGAUAAAAACCCUGGGUGAGCUCUACUGAGUGAACUGCUAUCUAAGUUGACAGUCAGAGUCACUGCUGUAAUGGCUGUGCAGGAGGAGCAGCACAGCAGGCUUGCUGGCAGACUUGUCCGAGGAUCUGACAGAGACGAAGCACGGGGACAGUGAAAUAAGAAAAGAAAAAGAAACAGAACAACCCAGGCAAAUCAGAAUUACUACUCUCCUGCAGCAAUGGGUUGGCUGGAAGAAUCAAACUGGCAGCUUCACAUUUCCUUGAUCGUGCUACUCUCCAUGCACACCAAGGCCAAUGGUCUAGACAAACCAUAUUUGCGGAGUUCUGGACAGUUGAACUUGGAGAACAGAAAGGAAGAUGGUGAGAGUACGGCACCUGCUCCUCCCCAGAAGCCACUGCAGUGUCACUGCAAUCACCACUGUCCAGAGGACUCAGUCGACAGCACCUGCAGGACUGAUGGCUACUGUUUCACCAUGAUAGAAGAAGAUGAAUCUGGAGGACGUACGAUUGCCUCAGGAUGCCUAGGCUUAGAAGGCUCAGACUUCCAGUGCCGGGAUACACCCAUAAUACAUCACAGAAGAACUAUUGCAUGCUGCACAGAUGAAGAUUUCUGUAAUGAAAACCUUCACCCGACACUGCCACCGCUGAAAAAUAGAGAUUUUGUUGAAGGAAACAUUCACCAUAAGGCCUUGCUGAUCUCAGUGACUGUUUGCAGUAUACUCCUGGUACUUAUCAUCAUAUUCUGUUACUUCAGGCAUAAAAGGCAAGAAAGCAGACCUCGUUACAGCAUUGGACUUGAACAGGAUGAGACUUACAUUCCUCCAGGGGAAUCCCUGAAAGACUUGAUUGAACAGUCUCAGAGCUCAGGAAGUGGGUCUGGGCUCCCUCUGCUGGUCCAAAGGACUAUAGCAAAGCAAAUUCAGAUGGUGAAACAGAUAGGUAAAGGUCGCUAUGGAGAAGUUUGGAUGGGAAAAUGGCGUGGAGAAAAGGUAGCUGUAAAAGUGUUCUUCACCACUGAGGAGGCCAGCUGGUUCAGAGAGACAGAAAUCUAUCAGACUGUCCUGAUGAGGCAUGAAAACAUUUUGGGAUUCAUUGCUGCAGACAUUAAAGGUACAGGGUCUUGGACCCAACUGUAUCUUAUCACAGACUACCAUGAGAAUGGCUCGCUGUAUGAUUAUCUGAAAUCCACUACCUUGGAUACAAAAGCCAUGCUAAAACUGGCCUAUUCCUCAGUUAGUGGCUUGUGCCACUUGCACACUGAGAUCUUCAGUACUCAAGGCAAACCAGCUAUUGCCCACCGUGAUCUGAAAAGUAAGAACAUUCUUGUGAAAAAGAAUGGAACCUGCUGUAUAGCAGACCUGGGCUUGGCAGUUAAAUUUAUUAGCGAUACAAAUGAGGUGGACAUACCACCAAACACUCGGGUAGGAACAAAGCGCUAUAUGCCUCCUGAGGUGCUGGAUGAAAGCUUGAAUAGGAAUCACUUCCAGUCGUAUAUCAUGGCCGAUAUGUACAGUUUUGGACUCAUCCUUUGGGAGGUAGCAAGGAGAUGUGUGUCAGGAGGAAUAGUUGAAGAAUACCAGCUUCCAUACUGUGAUCUUGUGCCCACUGACCCCUCCUACGAGGACAUGCGGGAGGUUGUGUGCAUCAAGAAGCUCCGUCCCUCAUUCCCCAAUAGAUGGAGCAGUGAUGAGUGCCUAAGACAAAUGGGAAAACUCAUGACAGAGUGUUGGGCUCACAACCCGGCUUCUCGCCUCACAGCCCUGCGAGUAAAGAAAACACUUGCCAAAAUGUCAGAGUCACAGGACAUUAAACUCUGAUUCAACAUCUCUUAUGAAAGCCCAUAAAAACUGACUUUCCCUUGAUGAUCAGAGGACAUGAAGAGGAAUCAGAAUCAACACACAAAGGCUCAUCCACUCCCUUUGCAGGGACUGGGGAAAUACCAUUUCAGUAACUGGUUCAAGAUUGUUAUGUAUGUUGCUUUCUGUGAAAGCCCCAUUAUUUUUUGAUUGUUUAAAAGAAGAUACCGCUUUAAAUUUUAAACUUACAGUUAGAAGUAAAGACCUAUAUAUUGUUACUGUGCCUGAAAGUAAAGUGUCUUAAACAGAAGCCAAUGGUUCAAGUUCUGGGGGAGGGGCUUUUGGAUUAGGCUGAAUUUGUCUAGCCUUUCUCACUGAAAGACUGAUUGUGAACCAACAGCCUUUCAUUUAUCAGAGAAACCACUGGUGAGUGAAACUGCAUCAAAAGUUGGUAGGUCAUAUAUAUAUCCAUUUAAUUUAAUUUAUGAAAACUUAGGCCUUCAUUGAUUGACACCCCCCUCCCCCGUGUAGUCAAUGGUAUUACACAGGAGGGAGGGGUGUGCAUAAAGAUGGAAAAUUUCUUUUAGGAAACCUGUAAAUACUACUGUAAUUCUGGGAACAAAUGGUUAUGUUGUAUUUGUUUUAACAUUCCCCAAAUAAAAGUGUGUGAGGACACACGGAGGAACCAAAUUCUUACAUUCGUGGUUCUUUCUAAAGUUAAGUCAUUUUGUGAAAGAAGGGGUCUGUUACAAAGACAGCCAGG